AUGGUAGAUACUUGGUUAAACGUCUUGGCUAUGGAGAAUCACCAUCCUUCAACACUCUUAUCAAUGGAUUCAAGUGCUUCUUCUCACGAGGAGCUUGAUUUGGAGAUGAACAACAACAACAACAACAGGCAGUCUCUUCUCUCUGGCCCUCCUGACAUCAACCUACCUCUCUCCGCCGAGCGAAGCCCUCCUCCGCAGCCAUGGAACCUCGACUCUUGCGACAUUCUUGAUGUCGGGUUAGGCUCACAAGCGUACGAGACUGAGAACUACAUGAGCGUUGUGCCUAAAGUCGGGAGGAAAUGCGCCAAGCGCGUCGAUAGCACUUGGGGAGCUUGGUUCUUCUUCAGCUUCUACUUCAAACCAGCUCUAAACGACAAGUCCAAGGCCAAGAUCGUCAGGGACAGCAACGGGAUAUCCGGUUUCGACAAGUCGGAUCUGAAGCUCGACGUGUUUCUCGUCCAGCAUGAUAUGGAGAACAUGUACAUGUGGGUGUUCAAGGAGAGACCUGAGAACGCUCUUGGGAAGAUGCAGCUAAGGAGUUACAUGAACGAGGAAGCAUUACAGAGGCUUGUCGAAUCCUCAGUGUGUUCAUGGGAUUGA